AUGGCACCCAACAAACCGCCCGCAAUGAAAAGCGACCUGUCAUUUCUGGUUUCCUAUGACACGACCAGCAAGGUGGAAAGCUUCCUCGACAAGCUUCUUCCGGCAGGAAAAGAAUAUGAAAGGAUGGACCUGAUCACCCAUGACUGGCGAGCCUCUUUCAAAUCAUUUCGAAAGAUGAAGAAGAAUAACGUGGGCGAGAACAGCAUGGGCGAGAACAACACUGAGGGGAACAACACACAGGAGAACAACACGCAGGAGAACAACACCAAGCAGAACCACAACACCAGCCAGUCCGGCCGCGUCGGCCACUCCAUCCUCCGCCUCAUCUCCCUCACCACCGCCAUCGCCGGCCGUCAACCCGGCUCCUACGACGUAGCAUCAAAACCCGGCAUAACCGGCACCUGA